AUGGACGAGUGCGUCAUAUUGUGUGGUUAGAGUAAAUGGACAUUAGGAUACAAAGAUAAAGCCGUGCUUUUACAAGUUGCGCGCUCCGCCAAAGUCCCGCCAUCCUCCGGUUAUAGUCGGGCACCAAAUGCGCAGUCGCAUGAAUGGAUGCUACGUUCCUUUUCCGGCUGCAUCUGCACAAUCCACCAGGAAGUGUGGUGCGAUAAAUCCUAAACUAUUAAUCCAUUAUACCUGGAGGAAGGAGAUAGAUAUUAGUAUGCAUUUUGGAUGGAAUAUACCAUUUGUGUCGCCUUUCUAAUCUACACAUCGUUGAAAUCGGUGUUUUGUAAUUAAUGCAGGGUAAACAUAAUACCCUUAACUCCCUGCAAGUUUGGGUUUUUGUUCUUGUGCUGUAGCAUUUACCUCUUCUCAAAUCUAACCCUUGACUGCAAUGGGAUGCUGCGGUAGCACAGAGAGGACAAAGAGAGAAUGGAAACCCUUGGAGGAUCGAAGUUGCACGGAUUUGCCGUGGUUCCUUUUAUUUACUGUAUUCUGUGUUGGAAUGGGGAGUAUCUGUGGGUUCACCAUCGCCACGGGGGGCGCAGGCCGCCUGGUCUUUGGGUAUGACAGCUACGGGAACACCUGCGGCCAACGCAAUGAGCAGAUCGAAGGGGUCAGGCUGAGUGGACUGGAUCAGACGGACAAAAAGUAUGUGUUCUUCCUGGACCCAUGUAACAUUGACAUAGUGCAGAGGAAGAUCAAGUCCAUGGCCCUGUGUGUGUCCCUGUGUCCUGAUGAAGAGCUGAGGACGUACCAGGACCUCAAGAGAUUCGCCAUGCACAAUGGGUCAGAGCUGUGUUCAUACGAACUAGCCGGUCACAAAUACCCCGACCUUCCAGAGAGGUUUGACAAAUGUCCCAAACUUCCAGUUCCACCAAGCAAAUCUCUCCCGGUGUUCAACCGUUGCACACCGGUGGACAUCUCCUGCUAUGCCAAGUUCGCAGAGGCUGUGGUGACGUUUGUGAGCGACAACAGUGUGCUGCACAGGCUGAUCGGUGGCGUGAUGGCCAGCAAGGAGAUCAUCGUGGGCCUCUGCCUGCUGGCGCUAGUGCUCUCCAUGAUCCUAAUGGUGAUCAUCCGCUACAUCUCUGCUGUGCUGGUCUGGAUCCUCACUGCCAUGGUGGUCCUGGGCUCCCUGGCGGGCACAAGCAUUCUGUGGUGGCUGUACAUAGACCACCGGUUAACUGCCAAUGAGACCUUAUCUAAAGAGACUAAAGAUGCUAAGGAGGAAGCAGAGACGACAAGGGACAAUGCCCAGGCGUUUCUGGUGUAUGCCAUCGCGGCCACCGUAUUCACAGUGAUCCUUCUCCUGCUGAUGCUGUUCAUGAGGAAGCGAGUGGCCCUGACUAUUGCCCUGUUCCACGUGGCUGGCAAGGUGUUCAUCCACCUGCCGCUGCUCACCCUGCAGCCCUUCUGCACCUUCCUGGCCCUCCUCCUCUUCUGGAUGUACUGGGGCCUGGUGCUGCUCUUUCUCGGGACCACCGGGAACCCGGUCCAGAACGAGGAGACGGGUCUGACAGAGUUCCGUCUGACUGGGCCUCUGCAGUACAUGACGUGGUACCAUGCUGUGGGCCUCAUCUGGAUCAGUGAGUUCAUCCUGGCCUGCCAGCAGAUGACUGUCGCUGGGGCUGUGGUAACGUACUACUACACAAGGGACAAGACCAGGCUGCCAGUGACGCCCAUCCUGUCGUCAGUGCUGAGGCUGAUGCGGUACCACCUGGGCACGGUGGCCAAGGGCUCCUUCAUCAUCACCCUGGUCAAGAUCCCACGCCUAAUGCUCAUGUACGUCCACAACCAGCUCAAGGGCAAGGAAAAUGCAUUUGCUCGCUGCAUGUUGAAGACCUGUAUCUGCUGCCUGUGGUGUUUGGAGAAGUGCCUCAAUUAUUUGAAUCAGAAUGCGUACGCAGCGACAGCCAUCAACAGCACCAGUUUCUGUACGUCGGCGCGCGACGCCUUUGUGAUUCUGGUAGAGAACGCUCUGAGGGUGGCCGCCAUCAACGCCGUGGGAGACUUUGUCCUCUUCCUGGGCAAGAUCCUGAUCGUGACGUCCACAGCGUUCGCCGGCGUACUGCUGCUGAACUACCAGCGGGACUACGCAGAGUGGGUCCUCCCUCUCAUCAUCGUCUGCCUCUUUGCCUUCCUGGUGGCCCACUGUUUCCUGUCCAUCUUCGAGAUCGUGGUGGACGUGCUCUUCCUCUGCUUCGCCAUCGACACCAAAUACAACGACGGUACACCGGGCAAGGAGUUCUACAUGGACAAAGCCCUGAUGGAGUUUGUGGAAAACAGCAGGAAGUUGGAACGGGUGGUGGAGCGAGGGCGGAACCGCCCCACUGAAGCGGUGUCGGUGGAGGGGCCGGAGAUGAAGCCCAUGGCUCCAGGAACAAGUUCAGCUUGACCAAAAUCACCUAAAGGGACUUUUUUUUAAAGACAUUCCAAAAUGUUUAUUUUUACCAAUGUGUAACAUGUUUACUAUGGUUUCACUCCAGGGAUACAAUAUUUUAAUAAGAAACUGUAAAAAAAAAAUAUAACAAUGUAAUGAAGCACUUUAUAUUGAAGCGCUGCAUAUUUUAAAAGGCUGAUGCAUUUUUCGUAGUGAUGUCCUUUUUUAUAAGACAAAGAAUUGCCAUCUAGUCGAACACAGUACUAAAAUGUAUUGAAUCACUUUGGGUUGUCAACGUUUUGCAUAACAAGUUUGCCUUUUGGUUGGACUUCUCGAUCAGCGUGAUACUUAUUCGUCAUGCAAUGAUAGCACUUAGAUGUGUUUUUAAUCAACCACUGAAACUUCAGUACGUUAGACUCACGUUUGCAUUUGAAUUCAAUCUACAUCAUGGAAGAGUGUUCUUUUGUUUUGAAAGGAGAUGUAUUUUUUUACCAGUGAGUAGGUUUUUAAAAAUUGUUUUUGCAGUGCGAUUUUUGGGAUGUGUAGAAACAGGAUGUGAUCAUACAACUGUGUGUUACAGCAGGAGGAAGACAACUUGUAGGUCCCAUGGUUUGGAGGGACACAGAGACAAAGUUACUGCGAUUUGGAAGUCUGCCCCCCCCCCUACACCUAGGCACUUAGAUCUACAAGGGACCAUGAAGUUAAGGGGUAGGGACUAAGAGUUCAUUAUGAACUGGGCAUGACAUUUACAGAGAAAUAUCCAGAGGGCUGCAAAGGCUGUUGCUUUUCUUACUCAACCAAUUGUCCCCUAGUUUGACUAACUUUUCAAACCAGUCAGUUAUUGUUGGGAUUGAUGGACAAUGUACAUUUGACCUAAUCAGGUGAGGUGUAACGAGUCCCCUUCCACUGAUGUCUCAGUAGGAAGUGAACUCAGACCUUGCAGCCCUCAAGCAAUAACACAACACCAUUUAGUAUUUACCGCUAUAAAAAUGUCUUCCUACUUGCACUACAGCUUUUAAAAGACAAAUGUUCUUAGCAUUGAGCUAUCAUCUGAUGUUAGGUGGGGGGUGGACACUCACUUUGCCUUAACCGGUUCCAUAGGCUGCGCCCCUAAUCUUAUUGGUUAGUAACGGGACUCCCCAGUUUAACGUGGGGGUGGGGUGGUAGAAGUGCUGUAAGCCUUAAGUCCCCUCUUCUUUUUGCAGUAGAUUUGUAUUUGAUACCCAGAGUACUGAAUCCAUCGGAGCGACUGAAGAACAACUUUGCCCCCCCCCUCCCCUUUUAGUUGAUCUAGGUGAAAAAUGCUACCUUUGUUUAUGUGAAGGGUUUCAGAAUGGUAUGAAUUGCACAUGAUUUCUGCAGUUAUUUAACGUGUUGAUAAGACUGAAUAGUAUCCUGAUCCUGGUGGAUAUGUUGAAGGGAGAGAUGGCUGUGACUGUUCACAUGAUAACCUUUUCAUUUUCAGCUUCUCGUGUGAGAGAAUGACAAGCGCCAGCCAUCCUUCACAACACCGUCGUUAACGUUUCAAAACAGGAAAACAAGUCUGUUGGUGCGCUUUUCUCCGGGAAUACACUACUAGACCGUACACUGAUGUACCUAUGAAAUAUUAAAGAGCAUGUAUUUAGAAGAACAAAGUCAAGCCGAAUUAACAUUGCCGCAGAACCCUAUUGCGCAAAGCAUGUUAAGAAUUGCUUUGAGAUGGUAUUCAUUUAAACACUGAUCAAUUUAAAGUAUCUGUGAAAUAUUUAUAGUUGAAUGACUAGCUCUGUCAGUCAGUACAAUGUAGAGAUGUUUCUUAAAAUGUUUCAGAGGAUGGAACUUUCCCCAAGUGAGAGAACCUGCCCAGUGCAAUCAAGGAAUCCACUUAAGGAACAGGACAGACUACUGAUAACUAAACAACAUUUCUCUGAAAACAUGUCAUUCAUGGGUAUGUGUCCAUCAUAGAAGAUCAAGACUAUGACCGAGGGACUGUUUCACUUAGCCUUGUCUGAUUUGUACAUUGAACACAACCAGUCAUAACCCACACCGUUCUGUUUGCCAAACUCUGUUACCAGUUGAUGCACACAACGGGAAAAUCAGACACUGAACCACACAGAGACAGUGUUCUGGUUUCUUUACGACAGUAAAGGAAAUUGCUCUGCGAAUAGCUGAGACGCAAGGCCUGAUUUGUCAGCCUCUAUUAGCGCGGACAAAAUGCCCUACUACUUAAAGAGCCAGUAUUGUGAAAGCCAGUACCUAUACUCAAAACGAUGAACCAUAGACGACUUGCAUGUUUUCCGUCUGGGGCUUCUUCUCGCUCCUCAGGCGAGCCAUCUUUGUAGGGUGUGAAUAUUACGGCAUUAGCUCCACGUGACUUAACUGAUAGAACAAUAGCUUUACUCAGCAACAAAGCCACUGUUUUUCGAGAUGUUAGUCGACCUCUUCGUUCUUGGAAACAAACUGCGCGUCUAUUCUUGUCACACAGGAAUGGGAGAUACUGUUCUGGAUAGGCAACACAUCAGUUUAACUGUCUGGUGUAACACUAGCUUUUAGAAAUGUCUGCAGUAAGGUUGUUUAACAUUGGGCAAUGUUUUGUUUGAUUUUUAUAUUUAUUAUUUCUUAUGUAUAUUCGUUCUUUUUUUCAAGGUAAUAAAUUGGAGAAAGUAAACUUGU